AUGGUGUGUGCCGAGUACGGGGUGGAGGUUCUUGAUGCCAGUGAGGCAGAGAUGGGGGACGCUGCCAGGAAGCAGCGCGAGUAUGUGCAGGAGGAGGAUCUGGAGCACCUGGUGGUGCGCCCGCCUGUCGUGACUAUAAUGGGACACGUGGACCAUGGCAAGACCUCGCUCCUCGAUUAUAUUCGUAAGACCAAGGUGGCAGCAGGGGAGGCAGGAGGAAUCACCCAGGGAAUCGGAGCCUAUCGCGUGUGGGUGCCCUACGCUGCUGACUCAGACGCUGACUCAGGCGCUGACUCGGAUGCUGACGUGGCGGAUGAGGAUGAGAACGAGGCGGGGCUGCACACGUGUGUGUUCCUGGACACGCCAGGUCACGAGGCGUUCAGUGCCAUGCGGGCGCGGGGGGCGCGGGUGACUGAUAUUGCCGUGAUUGUGGUAGCUGCUGAUGACGGUGUUCGGCCGCAGACAACUGAAGCGAUUGCUCAUGCCCGCGCUGCUGGUGUUCCAAUCGUGGUUGCUAUCAACAAGAUGGACAAGGAGGGCGCGAACCUUGAUAGGGUGAUGCAGGAGCUGGCGGCAGGAGGGUUGAUGUCAGAGGAGUGGGGAGGAGACACGCCCAUGGUGCCGGUCAGCGCAAAGUCGGGCCAAGGAGUGGACAGCCUGCUCGAGACGAUCAUGCUUGUGGCUGAGAUCCAAGAAUUACGCGCCAACCCCGACACGCAGGCGGCAGGCACGGUGAUAGAGGCGAGCCUCGACAAGCAGAGGGGCCCGGUGGCAACGCUGCUGGUGCAGAACGGCACGCUCAGGCUGGGAGACGUGGUGCUGUGUGGACAGACGUAUGGGAAGAUCCGAGCUCUAGUAGACGACACGGGCAGUCGCAGCGACUCCGCUGGGCCUUCCCUUGCUGUGGAGGUCCUGGGUCUCAGCUCGGUGCCAGUGGCAGGGGACCACUUUGAAGUGGUUGACUCGCUUGACCAGGCCCGCUCCCUGGCCGAGGAAGCUGCUGGGAAGCUGCGCACCGCCAGGCUGGCGGCCCUGCAGGGCGAGUCGAAGGUGUCUCUGUCUGCCCUGGCGGGUCGGGGGGCGUCUGGAGGGGAUUCAGGGGAGAGCGAUGAGGAGGGGCUGGAGUUCCACCAGCUGAACGUGAUUCUCAAAGUGGAUAACCAGGGUGCUGUGGAGGCGAUCAGAGAGGCGCUGGCAGCGCUGCCCCAAGACACCGUGUCGCUGCGCUUCCUGCUGCAGGCUGCUGGUGACGUGGCACUGAGCGACAUUGACCUGGCGAUCGCCAGCGAGGCUGUCGUGCUGGCGUUCAACGUGAGCAUGCCACCCGCCGUGGAGGCAGCAGCAGAGGAGAAGGGCGUGGAAGUGCGCACAUAUCGGGUGAUCUACGACCUGAUUGACGACGUUCGCAAGGCCAUGGAGGGGCUGCUUGAUUCUGUGGAGGAGCGCACGCCUCUAGGCUCAGCAGAGGUUCGGGCGGUGUUUGGAGCGGGGAGCAGCAAGGUGGCUGGAGUGAUGGUGACUGAAGGGAAGCUCGUAAAAGGGUGUGGAGUGGCGGUGAUUCGGGGGAAGAAAGAGGUGUACUCGGGUACACUCACGUCGCUCCGACGAGUCAAGGAGCUCGCGAAGGAGGUGGUAGCGGGGCUGGAGUGCGGGGUGGGCCUGGAGGGCUUUGACGAGUGGCAGCAGGGCGACAGCAUCGAGGCGUUUGAGGUGGUGCAAAAGGCGAGGUCCCUUGAAGAUGCUUCCAAGGAGGUUACCAAAGCUGUUGCUGACAAAACCGAGUCUAUGGGAAUCACAGUCAACGCGUAA